AUGCCCUUCGGCAGCUACAGUCACAGCUUGGACUACGCCCUUAACUUUGACAUGAGCCAGGUCCCGCUAGGAGAGGUCCUUGCCAGUCAGGACUCCUGGGCCCAGGCAGGAAAGGCGGAGGGGCAGGAGAGCACAGAUCGAGUGCGUGGUGCUCAGGAGUUGAGAUGGAAGGAGCUGGCUGCGUUUGAGAGAAAGCGCCACUCCUCACUAGAGAGGGCUUCUGAAGUGGCGGCACAGACAGCAGAGGAAUGGCAGCCUCAGAGGGAUCUGCUGAAGGAAGCGUUUCCUCUGGCUGUGCCAAAGGUUUGCCGGCGGCAGCGGCCAGCCCACAGGGGCCUGGAGAAGGUGCUCCAGGAGUUCUCUCGCCAAGGGCACACCCUGUCCCAGGUGUGCAGAGAGAAGGCAGUGCUGGCGCAAGAGAACGCUGCCCUGGAAGCCCGACUGGCAGCCACGGAGCGGGACCUACGAGGCCUUUCAGAGCAGCUGGCAGAGGCCAGGUCGGAGAAGGAGAGCCUGCAAAGCAGCCUGCUGGAGGCUCAGCAGCGCAUAUCGGAGCUGGAGAUGGCCAGGAGCCGUGUGGAAGCCCAAGUGCGCACGGCCACGCAGGCCAAGGAGGCGAUACUGGAGGACGUGAGGGGCCUUCGUCGUGAGCUGCUGGCUGUAAGAGCUCUCAGCCAGCAGCAAUGUGAAGACAUGGCUGAGCAGCUCCGCUGGGCAGAAGAGCAGUGCGGCAAGGCUCUGAGACUCUGGCAAUCUGCUCAGGAAGAGGAGAAAAGGAAGCUGGUGCAAGAACUGCAGAGACAAGUGGACCAACAACAUGUGAAGGCUCGGGAGCAGCUGGAGGAACGGGCUAACUUCCUGGCACAGCUCCUGCAGGAAGAGCAGCGUCAGAAGGCUGCUCUGUUAGCCAGGGUGUGCCAGCUGCAGAGAGAGCUGAGCCAAAAGGAGCAGCUGAGGCAGGAGCUGACUGAGGAGCGGGAGAAUGGGCAGAUGGACGCAGGAUCACCCAUCAAAGGUGCCGCAGCAGCAGCAUCCUGCCAAGAGGCCUCCUGUCUGCAGCCUGGAAACCGGAGCAUGAGCAGUUCACGCGGCUCAAGCCAGGAGAGAGAGAAGCAGCUCCUGAAGCUGCUGAGUACGUCCCGUGGAUUUCUUGUGCAAUCGAGCAGUGUGUUACUGUGUGUGUGCCUCAGCAUGAGCUGGAGCACAUGUUCCUCCUCCCUUUGGUGUUUGGACAGACAUUUUGGAUUCCCUAGAGAAGCCAGUGUUGUGCUUGGAGGCAGCCAGGGAGCACUUGGGGAGUUCCUUUUGCCUUUGAGGGCAGCUGAGAGUGGGUGGGUUUUGCCUGAGCUUCCCUGUGCCGUAAAGACAAGAGCAGGGAUUGUGUCCCCAGCAGCAGAAGGCUGUAACUCAGCCAGUGACCCCGUUGAAGGUGUGUGUGCUAGUCUGGCCAAAGUGAUGGGAACACUUGGCUUCCUAGAUUCCCUUUAGACUCCAGA